AUGCGCUCCAUCACCGCUUUCCUCGCCGGUCUGGCCAUCGCCACACCAGCCCUCGCUGCAGUCCCCUCCCUCGAAGUCCCAGCCUGUCCCGACAAAGGCACCUUAACGUACAACCAAUCCGUGCCGGACAAGACCAAUUUCCCAAACACCCAAGUCGAUCUCUGCUAUGAAGAUAAGAGCAUCUCUAUAACCUUCACAGCUUAUGAGGAGACCAACUUUUUCUACAACGACACAUACACCACCAACGACCCCAUCUACGAAUACGAAGUCAUGGAGACCUUCAUCUCCCGUGGCACUGCUGACCCGCAAACCUAUCUCGAAUUCGAAAUCGCCCCCAACAAUGUCACCUUCCAAGCAUCCAUCUACAACCUCUCCAAAACUGCCUCCGACACCGCCCCCUUCGACACAGCCUACUGGACGGACCCCUUAACCGACGGCUUCACCGCCACCACCACCCUCUCCAAACCCAACGAGACCUGGAUCUCUGUCGUGAAGAUCCCGCUGGGCCUCUUCAACGUCGACGACGGCCAGGCGAAGGGCACGCAGUGGCGCAUGAAUUUCUUCCGCACGGUGGUCGCGCCGAGCACGUUUCCGGAGCAGGUGCUGGGCGCGUGGAGUCCGCCUGAUGAGGCGUUUCAUGUGACGAGGUUUUUUGGGAGGGUGCUGUUUGUUUGA